CCUCAGAGCCAAAGCCAUGUGACCACCUGGUCUGCUGGCCACAGUCCCGUCAUGUGAUGCUGGAGGUGGCCAGAGCCCCGGGCAGGGGAGCCCAGGGCAGGGACCGAGCCACGCCCACUGUGGGCAGCCCUGACCUGGCAUCAGAGCCGGGCGGGAGGCAGAGGCCCAGAGAGUGACAGGCUGGCCCGGCCCUGCCCCUUCUCUGGCCCAGAUGACAGGGGUGACGCUCGAAAGCUGCCAGGACAUCAUCGAGCAGUUCGAGCCCUGCCCCGAAAACAAGAGUAAGGGGGUGCUGGGCAUCGACGGUGAGUGGGCGUCCCUGUCCACGCGCAGCCCGGCCGGCGACAUCUUCAACCCCGAGCACCACCGCGUGCACCAGGACAUGACGCGGCCGCUGAGCCACUACUUCAUCACCUCCUCCCACAACACCUACCUCGUGGGCGACCAGCUCAUGUCCCAGUCGCGGGCGGACAUGUAUGCCUGGGCGGCCGGGAGCUGACCGGGUCUCCUGCCCGCAGUGGACUGCUGGGACGGGCCCGACGGGGAGCCCAUUGUGCACCACGGCUACACCCUGACCUCCAAGAUCCUCUUCAAAGACGUCAUUGAGACCAUCAACAGAUACGCCUUCGCCAAGAACGAGUACCCGGUGAUCCUGUCCAUCGAGAACCACUGCAGUGUGGCCCAGCAGAAGAAGAUGGCUCAGUACCUGACCGACAUCCUCGGGGACAAGCUGGACUUGUCGUCCGUGAGCAGCGAGGACGCCUCCCUGCUGCCCUCACCACAGGCGCUUAAGGGCAAGGUCCUGGUGAAGGUGAGCCCCGCCUGCCUCCUGGGGGCGGGGCUGAUGCCAGGCUGGCCUCUGCUGCCGCAGGCCUCCACCAACCGGAAGCGGGUGGAGCACAUGGCCAAGCGGAAGCUGGACUCCCUCAUCAAGGAGUCGAGGAUCCGGGACUGCGAGGACCUGAACGACUUCGCGGUCUCCGCGCUGCCUCUGCCAGGGAGGCCCGGCCACAGGGCCGCGCGCAAGAAGGUGAGCGGGGCGCUGGCACCCUACAGACUCGAGGGCGCCCCAUGCGGGGGGCUGACAGGCGGCGUCUAUUUUCAGUCUCAAGAUGCCCAGGCGGAGGAGACGGUGCCUGAGGCCCAGGGGGCGGCGGGCAGUGAGCCCAGCCGGGCAGUGAUGGGAGCCCUGCCCACCCCGUCUCAGACCCCACCGCCCUGCAAGCCCGGUGGGGAGGGGAGGCAGCUCCCCGCCAAGAAGAGGAGCAGCAAGCUGAAGAAGGUGGCCAGCGUGGAAGAGGCGGACGAGGACCUGGACCCGCAGGGCGCCCAGAACCGAGGGGCCGCCCGGCAGAAGAAGACCAUGCAGCUGUCGCGGGCCCUGUCGGACCUGGUGAAGUACACGAAGUCCGUGGGCUCCCACGACGUGGACACCGCAGUGGCGUCCAGCUGGCAGGUGUCAUCCUUCAGCGAGACGCGGGCGCAGCAGGUCCUGCAGCAGAAGCCGGAGCAGUACCUGCGCUUCAACCAGCGCCAGCUGUCCCGCAUCUACCCCUCCUCCUACCGCGUGGACUCCAGCAACUACAACCCGCAGCCCUUCUGGAACGCCGGCUGCCAGAUGGUUGCCCUGAACUACCAGUCGGAGGGGCGGAUGCUGCAGCUGAACCGGGCCAAGUUCAGCGCCAACGGCAACUGCGGCUACGUGCUCAAGCCCCAGUGCAUGUCUGCCUGCCGGUCAGCCUCCUGCCCCCCCUCAGGCAUCUUCAACCCCAACUCGGAGGACCCCCUGCCCGGGCAGCUCAAGAAGCAGCUGGUGCUUCGCAUCAUCAGCGGGCAGCAGCUCCCCAAGCCGCGCGACUCGAUGUGUGGGCCCAGGUGGCCUCCGGGCUGGAGCUGGGGCCGAGGUGACACCUCCUCCCGGUGGCCUCCAGGGUUCAACCCCAUGUGGGAGGAGACCCUGGUGUUCGUGGUGCACAUGCCCGACAUCGCACUGGUGCGCUUCCUCGUCUGGGACCACGACCCCAUCGGGCGCGACUUCAUCGGCCAGAGGACGCUGGCCUUCAGCAGCAUGAUGCCAGGCUACCGGCACGUGUACCUGGAGGGCAUGGAGGAGGCCUCCAUCUUUGUCCACGUGGCCAUCAGUGACGUCAGUGGUAAGGUGAGUCCCACCGCAGGGCCGCCCGCGCACCCCAGCAGGGACCGGCCCUGAGGUCGAGGGGUGACCUGCGGGGCCUGUUCCUCCACCUGUGACGGGGG